CACACACACACACACACACACACACACACACACACACACACAGCCGCAGUCAGUCAGUCAGACGGUCUCUGCGCAGAAACAGCAGCAAGGAAACAAACUCUCCUCCAGCCGCUUACACACCAACAACUAUCACAGAAGUGAAGUGGACGCGAUGUUGAAAGUGAAAGGCUACCGUUUAGAGUGAGGAGACAGGGAAAAACAAGACAGAGGCUGCGGAAAGUGAGUAAACUGUGACAGCAGCAGCUGGAGAAAUUAACCGAAGGACUCGGACCGCACGUGGAAAUCACUACUGAAACACAUCGGAAGUGUGGAUUUCGUCCUAUCCACUUGAUCUAUUCUCCAGCUGUUCUCUCCUGCCUCCUUCAGAGAUGAGUGUCAAGUCGGCCAUAAACAAGGAGGUCUUCAUACCCCACGAUGAAAAGAUGCUUGUUGCCGUGCAGGUGAAGAGGAGGACCAAGAAGAAGAUCCCUUUCCUGGCCACCGGUGGUCAGGGCGACUACAUGACCUUUAUCUGCGUCUCAGUGACCAAUAAGAAACCCUCCUGCGUGUCCCUCACUAAGGUGAAGCAGUUCCAAGGAUCUUCUGCUUUCGCAAAAAGGUCACAGUGGACCAUCGACCAGCUACGGCAGGUCAACGGCAUCGACUCAAACAAAGACUGUCCAGAGUUCGACCUGACGUUCGACAAUGCUUUUGACCAGUGGGUUGCUUGCACAGCAGGAGAGAAGUGCACCUUCAUCCAGAUCCUUCACCACACCUGCCAGCGCUACAGCCCCGCACGGAAACCAGAUUUCGUCAACUGUCAGUCCAAACUUUUGGGGGGUAACAGCAUACUACACUCGGCCGCAGACAGUGUGACGAGUGCCGUACAGAAGGCGAGCCAGGCUCUGAACGAGCGCGGCGAGCGAUUAGGCCGGGCUGAGGAGAGGACCGCGGACAUGAUGAACAGUGCUGAACAGUUCUCUGUUACUGCACAGAAGCUUGCCAUGAAGCACAAGUGUUAGACCACUGCCGAAACCAUGGUCACCAAUCGCCAGUAGCUGUACAGGAGAAGGAUUCCAGAUUUUAUUAUUUUUAAGAAGAUUUAAUAUGAUUACUAUUUGUUAACAAUGUUAACAUUUGAAUGUUUUUGGGUUGUCGAAUUCUGGCACAUCAUCUGACGGCGACACAUCUCCCUGGGGGGAGGAACAGAGGUAACAAAUGCUACUUCAGACUGAGCCAAAUGUUUCGUGCUUCUGUUUGCCAAAAUAAGUCACAAACUAUGGCUGUGUUAACCACGGCCAAUCAAAACACUUCCCCCUCUUCAUAUGCUCGCACACUCAUGUGAGAGUAAACAUGCUGACAAGUCAUUAUCAGCAAUCACUCAAAGACUAGGAGCAGCUUGUAUCGCCGGGUAUUCAUUUUUGAGAAUUAUUUAUGAGCAUGGUAGUGAUUAUGCAGCCGCUGUCAUUGGUUUUACAGGUGUGACUCGAUCGGGUGACUGGGUACACACAAAUAUAUAUAAAUAUACACAUCUAUAGCACAUGCAUACCUGAAGAUAGUCUACAUUUUUCCUAUCUAAUAAUUAGGUUGUACCCAGGUUAAUAAUUUGUCGACACAUUAGGUAGAAUGUGAUGAAGAAUAGAAGAAAUAAUCUCACCUGUGGAGAAAAAUAACUCAACCCUGUACAACCAAAAAAUCCACACCAGUCACACCAGUAUUAGUCAAAAUGUUUUCAACAUAUUAUUUCAUAAACUGCACACUGACGGCUAGGAUUGGUUUGUGUCUAUAACUAAAUAUGACAACAGGGAAAUAGUCUUCUGUCUACCAUUUCAAAACAACCAAAACUACUAUGUAAUAAAGGUCCAAACGUAUUUGGGAGUGUACUUGAAGAACUCUGUCUUGAAAAAAGCUUUUUUAAUUCUUAUAAUUUAUGUUAAAUCCAGUAAACCAGCUUCUGCAUUGUAUAAAGCAAAAUAAGGAAUAUCUUCUAGUACUAUUAUCUAAGUGUCUGUAGAGCUAAUUUGUCCUAUUACUAUGGGAUCUUAUAAAUGACUCUUGGCUGUAUUUCAACUUUGAUCAUUCAGUAAUCAUACAUUUAUGUAUUUUUUUAUAAUUUGGGUCGCUCAUUAUACGGUUGUGUUUAUGUCUCCAAUAGCAGCAGCAGGGUGUAGUAGUUUAUUUGAUGUCAGUGCUCUCACGCUAACUGUAACUUUGGCUUCCUCACUCGCAAGACGCUGCCCUCACAAUCGAGAUGUAUUUGAUUUCUUUACAUAUUUUAAGAAACCCUAAUUCACAUUGUUACAAAGCACUGACAACUUUAUCUUGCAGACCCGUCGAGUUCAUACUGAAACGUUCCAGUUGCCUAACUGUUGGUGUGCUUUUGUUCUUCUCUAACACUUUGGAUGUUUAUUGUUUUAAUAAAAUGAGUAUUUUAUAAUGUU